AUGAGAGCUAACAACGAUGAAGCUGAUGAUCCCUUGUCCUUUCCUGAUGCUGGAAGAGAUCUUGCUGCUGAUGAUGAUAAAGACGAUGAUGAUGAAAUAGCUGAAGCAAGUGAAGCUGUUGCUGAAGUUGUAGAUGCCAUCGAUUACCAUGAAGCAGACGUUGUUGCUGAAGCUGAAGAAAUUGAUGAUGCUGCUAGAGUUGAUGCUCAAAAUGAAGACAUUCCUAUCACCUCUACAACUAAUGUUGGUGAUAAGGAAGAUGAAAAUGAAGAUGAUGAAGAUGACGAUGAAUAUGAUGAUCGUCUAUCCUUUCUUGAUGCUGGAAAAGCUCUUGCUACUGAGGAUGAUAAAGAUGAGGAUGAUGACGACUUCGAUAUUUAA